AUGGAUUAAACAAAUAUUGUCCUUUUUCACUUUAAAACUCUUUAAACGAAUUUUAAAUAUGAAUUCUACGAGAGCUUUGACAAUAUCGCAAUCACUUACAGUCAACAGGGUAACGGGAUACGAUCAAUGUGUUAGGCCCGGAGGAGGAGCGUAAUUUGUAAUGGACGAGAGAAAACCAGCAGGAUCCAGGAUAGCACCAUACCCACAAAGACCAAACGCUACACCGGCGCGUCCCAAACCCCCUGGGUGUCUGGACUGUCUCAGGACCCGCCUUCAUCUAUUGCCCAUCAUUACAUUUACAUGGCUGGCCAUAACCGUCUGUUUAUCAUAUACUUUAUCUGCUAUCAGGAAAGAUACAGAGGCAGAUUUUCCAUACAUCAGUAAGACAGCGAACAAUGACCCACAGAGGGCGAUUUUUGCUCAAAUGGUGACCAUUGGCUCAGUUUUAUAUGGUAUGUGUUGCGUACUGAGGUACCUCUCCCUCAAAGUGGACCUCGUCUCCUGCUCCGUCCCAAAAACCUAUCACUGGCUGAAUAUUGUCUGUCUGUGUGUAGGCCUGCUGGUCAGCUUAGGAAACACAUUACUGGGAAACUUUCCAACAGAUGGUUACAACAGCUAUUUCAAGGGCCCUCACUAUGUCGGAGCUGCAAUGGCGUUUGUUGGCGGCGUAGUGUACGGCUGGAUACAGACAAGGUUGUCAUGGUUACUGGACUCUAAACAAAGAAGAACAAGCAGGAUACAGUUGGUACUCAUGAUCUGGACUACAGUGGCCCUCUUGACAUUCGGGAUAUCAAAAGUAGUGUAUGAGGUACAGAAGUCUAAAGGCUACGGAUCAAAAGAGGACUCCUUACGUGACGUGUACUUGGCAUCCACCAUAACGGAGUGGAUCCUGGCUUUCUGCAUCGCUGGCUUUCCUAUGACCUUUAUACGGGACUUCAAGGCUUCGACUCUGAAGAGUCCCAGAAUAGUCAGGCGUGACUGUACAAAACAAUUCCAUUAUGGAGAUGGUAAAAGAGAAGAGAAAGAUGCAAUCUAUUAAUAAAACGAUAUAAGUAUAGAUAAGGAUCACUAGUCUACCAUUAAUCGUUAGUCUUCCAUUACAUGUAUGUGUGUUUAAUCGUCAGUCUACACAAUGCUUGCUAGUCUACACCAAGAUCGUCAGUCAUCAAGAAUGGUAUAAAUGAAGGGCUCC